AUGUAACAAGAAAUAGGCAAUCAUUUAGUUGUUUUUUUAGGAGCUCAUGGUUAAGGAAAAUCAACAGUCGCUGGCCUAAUUGUCAAAGAAUUAAUUUAUGUUUCUCCGUAUGCCUUUGAGAGAAUCGAUGAACAUCCAUUGGUUUAAGAAAAUCCUAAUCUUAGAUAUGCUUUUUUGAUUGAUCGGCUUAGAACAGAGCGUUAAAAAAAAGAAACAUAAUUAUUUUCAACUUUCCAUAUUACAAUAUCAGAGAAAGCGUACACUUUGAUCAAUAUCCCUGGAGAUUUUUAAUACAUAAACUAAAUCUAAAUUGGAAUUGCUUAUGGAGAUAUUGCAGUUUUUGUUUUGAGUGGAGUUAAAGAAAAAUAUUAGUAAGAUUUUAAAGAAUAAAGUUCACUUGAAUUGCAACUACGAUUAUGGAUAGCCUUGGGCAAAAAGCACAUCAUUUGUGCUAUUAACGAUAUGGAUUUGGUUGAAUAUCAAUAAGAUUGCUAUGAAUAUGUUGUGAAUGAUUUCUCUUCGCGUUUAGCCAAAUUUGAAAUAAAUCCGAAAUCAAUCUCGUUUGUUCCAAUAUCUUUAAUAGAUGCUGAAAAUAUCAAAACAAAAAAAUAACAUAUGAACUGGUAUAAGGGUCCUACCUUAAUUGAAGCUCUUGAUUGGAUCCCAAUUGAUGAUAUAUAAGUUUUAGCUAACAGGCCUCUCAGAUUUGUAAUGCAUGACUGUAUUUUUAUACCUGGAGUUGGCACAGUUGCCCUUGGAAAAUUAUUGUAUGGUACAUUGAUGCCAAAUAAGGUUUUAAGCUUUGCUCCAGUUCCACUUAAAUCAAGUGUAAAAGCUCUUGAAAAUCAUCAUUUUAUUUUAAAGAAAGGAUUCCCUGGCUAUUUAAUUGGAGUUCAUUUAACUAAUCUUUCGUACAGAGAGAUUAAAAAUGGAUAUGUUUUUUCAGACAUCGACAAUGAUCCAGCUUUAGAGUGCACAACAUUUGUAGUAAAGUUAAAGAUCAUGGAAGACUUUAAACAUUAACUUAAACCAAAGUAAUAUUAUACAAUACAUUUCCUAACUAAAAGAAUGUAAUGUGGAAUUGUGUAAAUUUCAUAAAAAACUAGUUUAAAUGAUUAAAAUCAAAAUAUCGAGAAUCCUUAGGAUUUAAAAGCUGGAGAUGUUGGAGUCGUUGAAUUUAAACCGAUAAAGUAGAUAACUUUAGAAAAUCAUAUUGAUUAUCCUUAAUUAGGAAGAAUAGCAAUCGUAGACAACCGUCGCAUGAUUGCUUAUGGAGUAAUCCUAGAAGUAAAAAAAAAAGAAAUAAAUCAAAAACUUGAACAAGAAGUAUAAAAAUAAUGA